AUGGCCGCUACUGACUUCUCCAAAAUCGAAACUAUCGCUAACUUAGAUAAGCAAUUAGCUGAAAACUCUUACGUCGAAGGUACCUCCGCUACUCAAGCUGAUGUUGCUGCUUUCAACGCUUUCAAGGCUGCUUACCCAAAUUUCACCAGAUGGAUUAACCACUUAGCUGCUAAGGCUGAUGAAUUCGACUCUUUCCCAGCUGCCUCUGCUUCCGCUGCUGAAGAAGCUAACGAAGAUGACGACGAUGAUGUCGAUUUAUUCGGUUCCGAUGAUGAAGAAGAUGAAGAAGCUGAAAAGUUAAAGGCCCAAAGAGUCGCUGAAUACAACGCCAGAAAGGCCGCCAAGCCACCAAAGCCAGCUGCUAAGUCUAUCGUCACCAUCGAUGUCAAGGCUUGGGACGAUGAAACUAACUUGGAUGAAAUGUUAGCUAACGUCAAGGCCAUCCAAAUGGACGGUUUGGUCUGGGGUGCCCACACCUUCGUUCCAAUCGGUUUCGGUAUCAAGAAAUUACAAAUCAACUGUGUUGUUGAAGAUGACAAGGUCUCUUUAGAUGAUUUACAAGGCCAAAUUGAAGAAGAUGAAGACCACGUUCAAUCCACCGAUAUUGCUGCUAUGCAAAAAUUAUAA